AUGGAAAGUUCUAAGAAGAAUGAAACUUCUCCGGAAGUGAAUAGUAUAACCUCUUCCACUUUGAAGACUCCAAACGUUACAGAGAAAUUCGAACCAUAUCCAGACACUACAGCUGUCAAGCACAGAACACAUUUCAACAGAUUCGUUGACUCAUUCAAGAGAGCUGAAGUAAACCAUAAUGGUAUAGAUCUUGAAGAUGGUACCAACUCAAUACAAUCCGAUGAUAAUUUAAAGAAGGCCAUGAAGUCCAGACACGUCAUUAUGAUGUCUCUAGGGACGGGUAUCGGUACCGGGUUGUUGGUCGCCAACGCUAAGGGUCUUUAUUUGGCUGGUCCUGCAUCUUUAGUCAUUGGGUACUUUAUGGUCUCCUUCAUUACAUAUUUCGUCAUUCAAGCCGCAGGUGAAAUGGCCGUCACAUAUCCAACUUUACCAGGUGGGUUUAAUAAUUACGCUUCCAUUUUCGUUUCUAAACCAUUCGGUUUCGCUACCGUGUGGCUUUUCUGUAUUCAAUGGUUGACCGUCUUACCUUUGGAAUUGAUUACCGCAUCCAUGACUAUUAAAUAUUGGAAUGAUAAGAUUAAUGCAGAUGUCUUCGUCGUCAUACUCUACGUGUUUUUAUUAUUCAUUCAUUUCUUUGGUGUCAGAGCAUACGGUGAGGCUGAAUUUAUUUUCAAUUCAUGUAAGAUUCUCAUGAUUGGAGGGUUCGUCAUCCUAAGUAUCGUCGUUAAUUGUGGUGGAGCUGGUGUUGAUGGAUACAUUGGUGGCAAAUAUUGGCGUGAUCCAGGUGCAUUUGCAUCAGAUAACGCAGCUUCCAGAUUUAAAGGUGUGGCAUUUGUCCUUGUCACUGCUUAUUUCUCAUAUGGUGGUGUCGAAUUAUUCGCAUUGUCUGUUAAUGAACAAGAAAAUCCAAGAAGAUCCACCCCUGCUGCUGCCAAGCAAAGUAUCUACCGUAUCCUUAUCAUUUAUUUGUUAACCAUGAUCUUAAUCGGUUUCAACGUCCCACAUAACAGUGAUCAAUUGAUGGGUGCUGGUGGAUCUGCCACUCAUGCAUCCCCCUACGUGUUGGCUGUCUCCAUCCACGGUGUUAAAGUGGUUCCUCAUAUCAUCAACGCAGUCAUCUUAAUUUCAGUGACUUCUGUGGCUAAUUCCGCAUUGUAUGCAUCUCCAAGAUUACUAAGAUCAUUAGCUGAACAAGGGUACGCACCUAAAUACUUCAAUUAUGUCGAUAGAGAAGGUAGACCAUUACGUGCGCUAAUCUUAUGUAGUAUCUUUGGUGUCAUUGCAUUCUGUGCCUGUUCCGAUCAAGAAGAAGUCAUCUUCACAUGGUUAGCUGCCAUUGCAGGGUUAAGUGAAUUAUUUACAUGGUCCUCCAUCCUUCUAUCACAUGUUCGUUUCAGAUUGGCCAUGAAAGCCCAGGGCAAGUCCUUGAACGAAUUAGGGUAUAUAUCAAUUACUGGUAUUUGGGGGUCCCUUUACGGUUGUUUCUUCAACGUUUUGGUGUUUAUUGCCCAAUUCUGGGUCGCGCUAAGUCCUCCUGGUAGUAAAGGUGUCUACAGCGCGGAAGCUUUUUUCGAAAGUUAUUUGGCAUUCCCCGUUUGGUUGUUCUUCUAUUUAGGAUACAUGCUUUACAGUAGAGAUUUCACAUUCUUGACCGAUUUGAAAAAGAUUGAUCUAGACAACCAUAGACGCCUCUACGAUCCUGAACUAUUGAGACAAGAAGAUGAAGAAACCAAGGAGAGAAUAAGGAAUGGUGGCUGGACGCAGAAGCUGUUAAAUUUCUGGUGUUAG